AACUGAGAAAGAGAGGGACAGCGUGUGGGGCAUCCUCAAAUUCUAUUUCUCAGGUUUUCUUUUUCAUUUUCCCGUUGUUUCUACUCUCUCUCUCUCUAUCUAUCACACACACUUUCUUCGCUGUCCGUUGGAACCAAACAGUUCUCUCUCUCUCUCUCUCUCUCUCUCUCUCUCACGAACACACUCUCUAAAGUCUACACUCUGGUUCUCACUCAAAGUGAGAGUAUCCCCGGAACAUGAGCAGUAGCAGUAGCAGAAGCAGAAGCAGAAGCAGAAGCAGAAGAGUGUGGUUAUGAAUCCCAACACCACCGAAGCAGCAGCAGCAUCAGCAGCACUACCUCCACUACCUCCGCAGCCACACCGACCCUCCACAUCCUGCGACCGCCACCCCGACGAGCAUUUCACAGGCUUCUGCCCCUCAUGCCUCUGCGAGCGUCUCGCCGUCCUCGAUCCCAAUUCCUCCUCUUCCGCAUCUUCCUCUCGCAAACCCCCCACCUCCUCCACCGCCGCCGCCCUUAAAGCCAUCUUCAAACCCUCCGGUGGCGGCGGCGGACCCUCUUCUUCUGCCAACCGCAACAGGAACGGAACUGCCACCAGUGCUUCUUCUUCGUUCUUUCCCGAGCUUCGGCGAACCAAGUCGUUCUCGGCCUCCAAGAACGAAGGUUUCUCCGGGGUUUUCGAGCCCCAGAGAAAGUCCUGCGACGUCAGGGUCCGGAACACCCUCUGGUCCCUCUUCACUCUCGACGACGAGCGCAACCCUUAUAAGAAAAAAGACCAACAAGUUCCUUCUACUUCUGCUUGGGCUGCUCCUGACAUUGAGGUCGACCCUAGACAUUCAUUGUUAGCUUCUUCCAGUAUUCAACAAGGUCCCAUCGUCUUAUUCGAGUCCAAAGAAGAGGACGAGGACGAGGACGAGGAAGAUAACGACAGCGAGGAAGAUCAGUACGAGGACGAGAUUAGGGUUUCCCAGGAGACGAACAUUCCAAAUGUAGCCACAGUUGAAGAAAGAGUUCAAGAAAUCGUAGAGGAGGAAGAGGAAGAGCCAGAGCCAGAGCCAGAACCAGAGCCAGAAGCAGAAGCAGAACUAGAAGAGGAACAAAAAACGGAGGAACUGAAAACCAUGAAGGACCACAUAGAUCUCGAUUCGCAAACCAAGAAACCUUCUGGGAGAGAUUUUAAAGAAAUUGCCGGCAGUUUCUGGUCCGCCGCUUCGGUUUUCAGCAAGAAAUUGCAGCAAUGGAGGCAAAAGCAGAAGCUCAAGAAGCGCAGAAACGGCGGUGGGUCCGCCACAUUGCCUGUUGAGAAGCCCAUUGGCCGCCAGUUCAGGGAAACCCAGUCAGAGAUUGCUGAUUAUGGGUUCGGCCGGCGAUCCUGCGAUACCGAUCCAAGGUUCUCCCUUGAUGCGGGUCGUAUAUCUUUCGAUGCCAGUCGGAUAUCGCUCGACGAUCCGCGGUGCUCCUUCGACGAGGCUCGGGCAUCUUGGGAUGGGUAUUUAAUCGGUAGAACCUUCCCGAGAAUGCCCCCAAUGCUCUCGGUGGUCGAGGACGCUCCAGUCCAUGUUUUGAGGUCCGAUACGCAGAUUCCAGUCGAAGAACCGGCAAUGGAUGCGAUCGAUGAGGACGAGACUGCCUUGCCGGGUGGAUCGGCGCAGACGAGGGACUAUUAUUCGGACUCCUCGUCGAGGCGGAGGAGGAGCCUGGACAGGUCAAGUUCGAUCAGGAAGACCGCGGCGGCAGUGGUGGCUGAGAUCGACGAACUGAAGUCGGUUUCGAAUGCGAAGGUGUCUCCUGCCACCACCACGGAUUACUUCCUCCCUGGACCCAAGUUGGUAGCGCCCGAUAGAGUUUUGAGGGACUCGAACUCGAAUUCUCUGCGGGACGAUUGCUCCGAGACAUUCGAAAUGGGGUUAAGAGACACUGCUUCCGUGGUUGGAAAUGGUGAAAGGAAAGGGUCUUCCAAGAAGUCAAAGAGGUGGAGUAAGGCGUGGAACAUUUGGGGUUUUAUACACCGGCGAGGUGGGAACAAAGAUGAGGAUGAGGAUAAUGGGUAUGCUAGAGCAAAUGGGGUGGAGAGAUCGCUUUCGGAGUCUUGGCCUGAGUUGAGAGGGGAACGCAACGGGGAAGGGAGAGGUGCUUUCAACCCAAAGGUGUUUCGAAGCAAUAGCAGUGUCAGCUGGAGGAAUUCACAUAACUUUGGUGGGUCUUUUGGCAGCGCAAGGAAGAAUGGUCUGGAGGGAAGUGGGAGCGGGAAAAAGAAGAGGGAUGAUCAGUUUGUGUUGGAGCGGAAUCGGAGUGCAAGAUAUUCACCAACCAACAUCGAUAAUGGUCUGUUGCGGUUCUACUUGACGCCAAUGAGAAGCAGCUGGAGAAGUGGGUUGGGGAAAAGUAGGUCGAAUCACGCACAUUCUAUUACGAGAAGCGUUUUGCGAUUGUACUGAAAUUUCAAGGUUCAUUAAGGUGUUACUUUUGGUUUGAUGAUGUUAAUUUUGUUGUGUAAACCACACAUGAUGCUUAUGUAUUCUUCUUCUUGGGUGGUGGGUUGGAUAAAAUCACAUCUUUUGCAUUGUUCAUUUCCUGUGAGUAGCAUGCUUCUUCAAUCACUCCAAUAACAAGGAUUUCAGUGUUUCUUUUUGUUCCUAA